AUGGAGUUCGCCGGUAGCUGCCAGAAUCCUACGAGUGAAGCGAGAGGAGCCGGCACAUAUAUCUACACACCUCUAGAAGAAGAGCGUUCAAUUCGCCUCAUUCGCCUACAUCCAGCUACUGACCCGGAUACACCGCUGAGGUGCACAAUCACUACUCGGCCUUUGGCUAACGGAGUAUCAUUCGAGGCACUGUCGUACCAAUGGGGCGAUCCCGAUAGAACACAUACCCUGUUUUGUGAUAAUGUUCCUCUCGGCAUCACAACGAGUCUCUACAAAGCCCUAAUCAACCUCCGGCCAAAGGAUACAUAUGCUCUCUUUUGGGCCGAUGCGGUAUGCAUCAAUCAGGACGACUUGACCGAGAAAGCUAUCCAAGUGACGUUCAUGGCAGAAAUUUACAAAGCCGCCCAGAGAACCGUGGUUUACCUUGGGGAUCAAUCCGACGACACUGCACUGGCCAUCAAGUCGCUAAAGCAAAUUGCCACAAUCUGCAUGGAGGCGUCAGGCGAGCGGUUUGAUCACAUCAACAGGGUGGUGGAUGAAGAAACGCAGACUUUCCUUGACAGGGUAGAUCAUGCUCGGAUGAAUACGCUGUACACAUCAGAUGAGCGCAUACUGGCAGCUUUUCGCACAUUCUUUGGCCACGGAUGGUGGAAUAGAAUAUGGGCAGGUACCAUCUUGCUGAAUCACACACAUUCUGGCUGA